AAUAAAGUUCGUGCGCGCCGGGAGCGGAAGCGGAAGCGGUGAAUCUCCAUGGCGGUGGCGGCGGCAGCGGCGGCGGGACCCGUGUUCUGGAGGCGACUACUGGGCCUCCUGCCCGGCCGCCCAGGGCUGGCCGCGCUCCUGGGACGCCUGUCCGACCGCCUCGGCAGGAACCGGGACCGCCAGCGCAGGAGGUCACCAUGGCUGUUAUUGGCUCCUCUGCUGUCCCCAGCUGUUCCCCAGGUCACCUCCCCACCUUGCUGCCUGUGUCCAGAAGGCGCGCACCGGUUCCAGUGGAUCAGAAACCUGGUUCCAGAAUUUGGAGUCUCCAGUUCUCAUGUCAGGGUGCUUUCUUCCCCAGCAGAGUUUUUUGAGCUCAUGAAGGGGCAGAUAAGAGUGGCCAAGAGGCGGGUCGUGAUGGCAUCCCUCUACCUGGGGACAGGUCCUUUGGAACAGGAACUGGUGGACUGCCUGGAAGGUACUCUAGAAAAGUCACUCCAAGCAAAGUUUCCUUCAAAUCUCAAGGUCUCCAUUCUCUUAGACUUCACGCGGGGCUCACGAGGCCGGAAGAACUCCCGCACGAUGCUGCUCCCGCUUCUGCAGAGGUUCCCAGAGCAGGUCCGAGUCUCCCUGUUCCACACGCCGCACCUCCGCGGGCUGCUGCGGCUCCUCAUCCCUGAGCGCUUCAACGAGACCAUUGGCCUCCAGCACAUGAAGGUGUAUCUCUUCGACAACAGCGUCAUCUUGAGCGGUGCAAACCUGAGUGACUCCUACUUCACCAACCGCCAGGACCGCUACGUGUUCCUGCAGGACUGUGUGGAGAUUGCCGACUUCUUCACGGAGCUGGUGGAUGCGGUGGGGGAUGUGUCCCUGCAGCUGCAGGGGGACGACACGGUGCAGGUGGUGGAUGGGAUGGUGCAUCCUUACAAAGGUGACCGGGCCGAGUACUGCAAGGCAGCCAAUAAGAGGGUCAUGGAUGUGAUCAACUCAGCCAGGACCCGCCAGCAGAUGCUGCAUGCCCAGACCUUCCACAGCAACUCCCUUUUGACCCAGGAAGAUGCAGCAGCUGCUGGGGAUCGCAGACCGGUCCCUGACACCUGGAUUUAUCCGCUGAUUCAGAUGAAGCCCUUCGAGAUUCAAAUCGAUGAGAUUGUCACUGAGACCCUAUUGACUGAGGCGGAGCGUGGUGCAAAGAUCUACCUCACCACUGGCUACUUCAACCUGACCCAAGCCUACAUGGACCUGGUCUUGGGCACUCGGGCUGAGUACCAGAUCCUGCUGGCCUCACCAGAGGUGAAUGGCUUCUUUGGGGCCAAGGGGGUGGCUGGCGCCAUCCCAGCGGCCUAUGUGCACAUCGAGCGGCAGUUCUACAGCGAGGUGUGCAGCCUGGGACAGCAGGAGCGGGUCCAGCUGCAGGAGUACUGGCGGAGGGGCUGGACGUUCCACGCCAAAGGCCUCUGGCUGUACCUGGCAGGGAGCGGCCUGCCCUGUCUCACGCUGAUUGGCUCUCCUAAUUUUGGGUACAGGUCAGUUCACCGGGACCUGGAGGCCCAGAUUGCGAUCGUGACAGAGAACCAGGCCCUGCAGCAGCAGCUUCACCAGGAGCAAGAGCAGCUCUACCUGAGGUCAGGGGUGGUGUCCUCUGCCACCUUCCAGCAGCCGAGUCGCCAGGUGAAGCUGUGGGUGAAGAUGGUGACUCCACUGAUCAAGAACUUCUUCUGAGGACAGACAGAUUCUGUGGGACCAGAGUAAACAUCAUUGUGCCACAGCCCGGCUGAAGCGAUCUGCAGUGCUGUUCCCGCAGCGCACCACUGCUCCCUCUGUCUCGGCUAAUGACCUUCGAGGCUGUCCUAGGCAGGUUCUCCCCAAGGAGCUCCCCUAGACCAAGGCUCCCUAACUCUGCAAAGCAACCACAGCAACAGAGAACAGUGGGUGGUUGCCACCGCAGUCCUCCUGGCGUUCUAGGUGCACGGGGCUGUUGUGCUCCAGUCCCUGUGUUCCCUGUCGCUGGAGUGCAGCUUAAGUGCGAAUCAUCUCUUGGAAAGUUUAGAGAUAAUUUUGUCAACUACCCACGAUGUAUAUGUGUGGAAUAGAUUACUCUUAUUUCAUGAUUUAAAGGCAAAAUGGAAAAACAUCACAUUGUGUGGUUAUUACCAGGGACUGAAGUGAGUUGCUUGGUGGCCCCUGGCAGCUUCAUCUCCCCUGGUCACAUGAAGGGCUGCAGUGACCCCUCCUGGCCAGCAGAGGUAUUGGCCCAGCCAGGCUGGGGGAGGCUGAAACUGCCUCCUCUGCAGCCCCAAAGGGGCUGGAUUCCUUCCUUGGGCACCAGGAAGGGAGGAUUUGAGGGAUGUUUUUCUUCUCCCUCCGAUAGCCCUACUGGGCCCUAAGAUUGUUGUGAAUCAUUACCCUCAGAAUUUGGAUUUUCUAGAUGCUUCUUAACCCAUGAUUUAGGUGAGUAAACUUGGAAAAAUGUUUUUGCAAAACUUGAUGCUCAAGCUGAACUUAGAAAGACAUUCCUAGUGGGUGUGUUUGCCUUUUUUCCCCCUUUUGAGACAGGGUCUAUUCUGUCACCCAGGCUGGAGUGCAGUGGCAUGAUCAUGGCUUUCUGCAUACUUGACCUCAUGGGCUCAAGCGACCCUCCUGCCUCAGCCUCCUGCCUAGCUGGGACCACAGGCACAUACAACAUUCCCGGCUCAGUUUUUGUAUUUUUGGCAGAGAUGGUUUUGCCAUGUUGCCCAGGCUGGUCUUAAAACACUCCUAGGCUCAAGUAAUCCCGCCAUCCUGGGAUUAGAAGUGUGAGCCGCUACACCAGCCUGCUUUGCUUUGAAGCCUAAGAAACUUCGAGGGCCGGGGCGCGGUGGUUCACACUUGUAAUCCCAGCACUUUGGGAGGCCAAGGUCAGUGAAUCACCUGAGGUCAGGAGUUUGAGACCAGCCUGGCCAACGUGGUGAAACCCUGUCUCUACUAAAAAUACAAAAAUUAGCUGGGUGUGGUGGUGGGUGCCUGUAGUCCCAGCUACUUGGGAGGUUGAGGCAGGAGAAUCGCUUGAGCCCAGGAGGUGGAGGUUGCAGUGAGCCGAGAUUGCAUCAUUGCACUCCAGCCUGG